AUGGCGCCCCGCAAGCCUCGCUGCAACUUCAAGGAGUGCAAGGAAGCCGCUCAACGCAUUGUCGGCGACUGCAGCUUCUGCAAUGGCCACUACUGCUCCAAGCACCGCAUGCUGGAAGCCCACUCCUGUACCGGCCUGGAGGACUGCAAGAAGGAGUCGCAUGCCCGCAAUGCCGAUAAACUGAACAGCGAGCGCACCCACGUCAUCAAGGGCGUAUGA